UAAGGCUGACAGUUUAGUAUUCUCGGUUGUAGUAGCCUCACAGCAGCAGACUGUUUUUAGAUAUUCUAUGGAUUCGCAUCAGAGAAGAGAAGCAGCAUUCGAACAAUGAAUUGUAUUCUGGCUUUAUCUGAAAUAAGUGACAGAGAAAGGAGAGACACUGAAAACACGUGAUUGUUAUUAGACGACAGAGGAGAGAGAUAGAGAUAGAAAAAAAGGUUUAGGGUUCAAAUGCUCGGUAACGGGAGCGCGGUGUAACAGUCCCUGCUGUCUCUCUCUGUCCAGCCCAAAUGAACGUUUACCCUGGCAACUCCUUAUAUAAGUGUAACCCAGAGGAUUCUUUUGGCAUUUACCCUUCACUGAAUUCAUCGACUUUAAUUUGAAAUCUAAUGAAUCCUUUUGGCUGCCCAGAAUGUCUUCGAGGAAGAUCUCAUCGGAAUCGUUCAGUUCAUUGGGAUCAGAUUUUCCGGAGAGCCCAGACGAUGUCGAAUGUCCCUUCUCGAGGGUGUUUUGGAACGGAAGGAGCCCCUCUGAGUCACUUUCAUGCCAAUUUGAAGAUGUCGAGAUAAGAAAGGCACCGCGGACGAGACGAGUUAACUUGGAUUCGUUGGGGAAUAGCAUAAGAAAACUCACCUCGCCAACGGCACAAACCAUACAACAAGCCCUCCAAAGAACUUUGCAGCACUACAAGAAUGAAGUUAUCCGAAGUGAUGAGGAUGAAAAGGAUCAGCACAGUGCUCCCAAUCGAUGUCCUUACUUGGACCGCUCUGCCAAGGACAAGGUGGAAGAUAUCUCAGGAAUUCUACAAUGCACAGCCACUUUACUUGGAGUGAAGUUUGAAGAGCUCCGGGAGAGGUUUGGCGAGGAGUUCUUCAGCCAUUGCUUUGAGGAGAACGAGCGUGUCCUGCGAGCCAUGGGCAGCACCCUGCAAGACUUCUUCAAUGGCUUUGAUGCCCUGCUGGAGCACAUCCGAACUUCCUGUGGUAAGAGGGUCUCUGCGGAGUCGCCUUCCUUUCUAUGCAAAGACUUGCCAGGCGAUGGCACUUUCCUGCUCCACUAUUUCCACCCCUACCCUACAGUGGGCUUCGCCAUGCCUGGAGUGAUCAAAGCCGCUGCGAGGAGGAUAUACAACAUGGAGGUCCUGGUGGAGCAGGUGGAGAAUUCUGCUGAGAAGCUGGGCCUGGAUGGAUCAAACCCAGGCAAUUCCAACUGCCUCACCUUCCUCAUCAAAGUGUGCCAGCCCCCGUGCCCCGCGAAAGCACUUCCGUUGAGACUGUCUUGCUCCCCGCCAGAUCUUCGGAUCAGCAUCAGCACUUUCUGCAAGGCCUUCCCCUUCCACUUGAUGUUCGACCCACACUUGGCCAUCCUCCAGCUCGGGGAAGGGCUCAGAAAGCACAUAAAGUGCGAGGCUCACAGGACCUUGAACUUCCGAGAUUGCUUUGAAAUUGUUUCUCCAAAAAUCGUGUGCACUUUCCAGGGGAUUCUCUUGAGACUGUCCAUGCCCUUUGUGAUAAGAACACGCCCUGACACAUCUGGAUUAGCAUACCAAGAAAAGGUGAUGGAAAUAAAAGGGCAGAUGAUCCACGUCCUCGAGUCCAACACUGUCCUAUUCCUGGGGUCUCCUUGUGUGGACAAGCUGGAGGAGUUGAUGGGCCGAGGUCUGCACCUCUCGGACAUUCCUAUCCAUGAUGCUACGCGGGACGUCAUCCUUGUGGGCGAGCAGACGAAGGCCCAGGACGGCUUGAAGAAGCGUAUGGACAAACUGAAGGCCACUCUAGAAAAGACCCACCAGGCCCUAGAAGAGGAGAAGAAGAGGACUGUGGACCUGCUCUACUCAAUCUUCCCCGGGAAUGUGGCCCAGCAGCUCUGGCAGGGCAAGACUGUGCAGGCACGCAAGUUUGACGAUGUCACCAUGCUCUUCUCGGACAUUGUUGGCUUUACCGCUGUGUGUGCCAAGUGUACCCCCAUGCAAGUGAUCAGCAUGUUGAAUGAGCUCUACACUCUCUUUGAUUAUCAGUGUGGAAUACUGGAUGUAUACAAGAUAGAAACGAUAGGAGAUGCAUACUGUGUGGCAUCAGGACUGCACAAGAAGAGUGACUGUCAUGCCAAACCAAUCGCACUCAUGGCCCUAAAGAUGAUGGAACUUUCUGAAGAAGUGUUGACUCCAGAUGAGAAACCCAUACAGCUGAGAAUUGGAAUUCACUCAGGGUCUGUUCUGGCUGGUGUUGUUGGUGUGAAAAUGCCUCGUUACUGCCUGUUUGGGAACAAUGUCACUCUUGCCAGCAAGUUUGAGUCUGGAAGCCAUCCACGGUGUAUCAAUGUCAGCCCAACCUCAUACCAGCUACUUAAAGGAGAUAACAACUUUGUCUUUAUCCCCCGGUCCCACCAGGAGCUUCCGGACAACUUCCCAAAGGAAAUCCCUGGGAUUUGCUAUUUUCUGAAGGCAGGCAAUUCCCAGAGCCAGAACACGGUCACCUCGGUAACCACUUCAGCCAGCGUCACAGCCACUCGCAUCAGAAAGAUUUCGUACAACAUCGGCACCAUGUUCCUUCGAGAGACCAGUUUAUGAGGACGCGAUGCAAUCUUGCAGAGAAUGUGCCAGGGAGCGCAUUGCUUCAGAUUCACAGUGCAGGACUGCCCACCGUCUUUUGAGAAUAGGCUCCUUUGACCUUUAACACAAAGAAAAAAGAGAUGAAACUUAAAUAACUUAGCACUGCAGGUAUUAUAUAUUGUGGUAUAAUUUGGUGCCCUUUUUCUUGACAUGGACUGAAAAGUUAUUCUAGCACACACAUUACAUAAUCUGUCUUAUUCCCUGUAGGCAAGCAAGUAUUCUUUCUCUCUGUCUUUCUCUUCCUUCUCUUUCUCUUUCUCUCUGUCUCUUUCCUUGGUAUUUUAAUGAGUUUAAAGGUUUACUUUCUCUUUAGUCCUGUGGCAGCUUAGUCUAUUCAUGAAGCUGUCUCUCCAGUUGUUUUAGGAUGCAUUCCCAGUUUAGAAAGCUUUGUUUUUUGAUGGAUAAUUAGCAUGCAUUGUUAAUGUACCAUUCAACGUGUGUAUUGAAGUGGGUCAUUCAAUAAUAAAGCUGUUUUUUUGUUCUUACACCCGGACAUCCCUACAGCAAAUUAGAUGACCAAUAAAAGCUGCCGAAUUGCUUUUAAAAAGUGUCAAAAUUGUGGUCCCUUGUAAAAGCCCAUAUACUGUAAUAGCAUGUCAAUCCUUGUAAUGAGUCAUAGCAAAACUUGGUUAUAAUACCCUGGUGUUUGUUGUGGUACUUCUAUUAGCAGGCUAAUGUUAGGAACUUUUCUGUAACCUUCAAAAAGUUUUUGAGGCAGAUAUAUAAAUGCAGAAUGGCGAGGAUCAGUAUAUGUACAGUAUUAUCCAUUUUACCUCAAAAACAGGUGCUCACUAAAUAUCUUGCCAUCCAUUGAAUUGAAUUCCCAUGUUUAAAUAAGUGCAAACGAUUUUAAUGAGAAAUCCAUGCCACAAGUGCAGUGUUAACUGCACUGAAUAUCUUGCCAGUCCUGGCAUUCACCUUUACUCUUUUUAUGGGAAGGGUCAGUUGAGCAGUCUGUUGUACAUGCUGUAUAUACUAACUUUAGCUAAAAGAAAAGCAGGAAAUACAUAUUUUAUUAACUGUGCAUCACACAUUAAAUAUAACAGAAUGUUUGUUUAACAGGCGUUUUGAUUGGUUAAGAGGAAUGGUUAAACAAUAGGUCAGCCAAAAAUCUUACCGUCCUGAAAAUGGGCAGCCUUUUAAAAGACACUGGUCUCCUCUAAAGCUGUGUCUGUAGUCCUGCCUUGCUCAGCUGCAAGCACAAAGCUGUUAUUGUUCAAAAGCGAUCGUUUCCAUCUCCACAGUCUGUGACAGCAUAGACAGAGGGUGUUGCCUAUUCUUAGUGUUUUAUUCCAAUCUGUCAUUUUUUAAAUCUGAUUUUAUAACAUUAAACCUCUUUUUUUUUAUAUAA